ACGGCGCGUGCGCAACCAAGUCUUAGAGGAGCAGUUAGCCACCAGUGAUCAGCGAACACCACAAACAGGCGACCACAACAUGAAGUGCUUUUUCAUCCUGAUAGCGACGAGCCUGGUGCUGGGUGCCUGGGCCCAGGAGGCGGCGGACUCCGACCUGGAGCAGGUGGCUUCGGCUUCGGCUCCCGAGGCGGUGGCUGUGGAGGAUCAGGUGAGCGCGGCCAGCAGCUAUGCGCCGCUGCAGGAUAAGAAGCAGGAGAAGCGCUAUGUUGGUGGAUACGGUGGCUAUGGAGCAGGAUACGGCGCGGGCUACGGCGCAGGAUACGGCGGCUAUGGCGGUUACGGAGGCUAUGGCUCCGGCCUGGCCGGCGGAUACGGAGGAGCCUACGGCAGUGGCGUUGGAGUGGACGGCUACUACAACCCGUACAGCUCGCGAUCUCUGGGCGGACUAGAUGGCGCUGCAGUGGCCGGCUAUGGAGGUUAUGGCUCCGCUCUCGGUGGCUACGGAUCCGGACUGGGCGGCUACGGCUCUGCCCUGGGUGGCUACGGAUCGGGCGUGGGCGUGGGCGGCUAUGCUGGCUCCUACAACUCGAAUCCCUAUGCGCUGUCCUACUACAACAGCAGGCUGGGCGCCGGAGCCGGCACUGGGUAUCCGUACUACAACACCCGGUUCGGUGCCGGAGGCUACCCGUCCAGCUACUACACGAGCAACUACGGCAACAGCGUGGUCGGCGGCGGACUGGGCGCCCUGGGCGGAGUGCCGCCCAUCGGAUCUGGCUACAACUACGGCUCCGGCAUCUCGGGCACCGUCUACUAGACGGCGCCGGAGGGUGCUGGCCAGCGCAACGUUCAAGAUCUAAGCUAGUGGAAUUUA